CUGCAGCAAUGAGCUGUAUUAAGCAACUCUGAAAAAGUGAAUAGUAGUUAAAACUGACAACUCGAUUAAUAAUAUUUCUAUUUCAGAAUAUUUAGUAACAUGUAUCUGUGCAAUCUUCCUCAUAGCUGUCUCGGUGAGGGUCAGAUUCUGCUGUCUUUACUCAUGUCAAAUAAUUUAUUACAUUGCACAUAAACUUUCUGAUUCAAUGUGGAGAAUGAUGGCAAAACCUGACCAUAGUGACUAAGAGCAACAGUUGCUUCUUUCAGUCUUUGACAGCUGCAAGAGCAACUCUGUUUUUCCAAGCCGUCCAUCCCAAAUUCCGACCUGUAAGUGUAUGUACCUAUAUUUAGCUAGUGAGAUUAAAUUGCAGAGGCUUCAAGCAGGGCAAAAAGCACAUUGGUCUGCCUUUUUUACAAACCUUUGGGCAGACAACAGCUAAAGCUUUCUACUCCCUCCCCUUUCCCAAGUGUUUGCGAAAUGGAUUCCCAAAGGGAACUCACUGAAGAGCUCAGACUUUACCAAUCCACCCUCCUUCAGGAUGGCCUCAAGGAACUCCUUGAAGAGAAAAAGUUUGUAGAUUGCUCUCUAAAAGCUGGUGACAGAAGCCUGCCUUGCCACAGAUUGAUUCUGUCGGCAUGUAGCCCUUAUUUUCGUGAGUAUUUCUUAUCUGAGCAAAAUGAAGAGAAAAAGAAGGAGGUGGUUCUAGAUAAUGUUGACCCCAACAUCCUGGAUAUGAUUGUCAAAUACCUUUAUUCAGCAAGUAUUGACCUCAAUGAUUCUAAUGUGCAAGAUAUUUUUGCUUUGGCCAGCCGCUUUCAGAUCCCUUCUGUAUUCACUGUGUGCGUCUCCUAUCUUCAGAAGAGGCUUGCUGUUGGUAACUGUCUGGCCAUCCUUCGGUUAGGUGUUCUGCUUGACUGCCCAAGACUUGCAUUUUCUGCCCGUGAUUUUGUUUCAGAUCAUUUUGUGCAGAUCUGCAAAGAAGAGGACUUCAUGCAGCUUGCCCCGCAUGAACUUAUCUCAGUUAUUUCACCUGACAGUUUAAACGUAGAGAAGGAAGAGCUGGUAUUUGAAGCAGUAAUGAGAUGGGUCCGAACAGACAAGGAGAACAGAGUAAAGAGCCUGGGGGAAAUUUUUGACUGCAUACGUUUUCGUCUAAUGCCAGAAAAAUAUUUCAAAGAACAGGUUGAGAAGGAUGAUAUAAUUAAAAGCAACUCAGACCUUCAGAAAAAAGUAAAGAUUAUUAAGGAUGCUUUUGCUGGAAAACUGCCUGACUCUAGCAAAAGCACAGAAAAGUCAACCAAAGGGGAGGUAAAUGGCGAUGUAGGAGAUGAAGAUUUACUGCCUGGUUACCUAAAUGACCUUCCCAGGCAUGGCAUGUUCGUCAAAGACCUGAUUCUUCUGGUUAAUGACACAGCUGCAGUAGCCUAUGAUCCUCUUGAAAAUGAAUGCUACCUAGCAGCCCUCGCAGAACAGAUUCCCAGAAAUCAUUCCAGUAUAGUCACCAAACAAAAUCAGGUCUAUAUUGUUGGAGGACUUUAUGUGGAAGAGGAGAACAAGGAUCAGCCUUUCCAGUCAUACUUUUUCCAGCUGGACAGCAUUGCUGGUGAGUGGGUGGCCCUUCCUCCUCUGCCUUCAGCCAGGUGUCUCUUCGGGCUGGGAGAGUCGGACAACAAGAUCUAUGUAAUAGCAGGCAAGGACCUUCGCACUGAGGAGUCGCUAGAUUCAGUACUGUGCUAUGACCCUGUGGCAAUGAAAUGGGGUGAGAUCAAAAAACUGCCCAUCAAAGUAUAUGGCCACGCAACUAUCUCAAACAAUGGAUUGAUAUAUUGUCUUGGUGGCAAAACUGAUGAUAAGAAAUGCACCAAUAGAUUAUUUGUGUACAAUCCCAAGAAAGGAGACUGGAGAGAUCUGGCUCCAAUGAAAGUGCCUCGCUCGAUGUUUGGAACAGCCAUCCAUAAGGGCAAGAUUGUCAUUGCAGGUGGUGUCACUGAGGAAGGCCUUACUGCAUCUGUUGAAGCUUUUGAUCUGACCACAAAUAAAUGGGAGAUAAUGCCUGAAUUUCCCCAGGAGAGAAGUUCCAUUAGUUUAGUCACUUUAAGUGGAGCUUUGUAUGCUAUUGGAGGCUUUGCAAUGAUUCAACUUGAAUCUAAAGAAUUUGCACCUAGUGAAGUCACUGACAUAUGGAAGUAUGAUGAUGAGAAGAAGGAAUGGGUUGGCAUACUGAAAGAGAUCCGAUACGCUACUGGAGCCUCCUGCCUGGCCACACGCUUAAACCUCUUCAAGUUAUCAAAACUGUAAACAAAAUGCUGGAAGAUAUGGUGAGGGAGUUUUGAUAGGAUCUUCAGUUUUGUUGCAUGAAAAUGUCGCCAAAUUGUACAGUUUUGUAGAAGCAUACUAGUCAUACUGGGAACUGUUAAAUAGUUCAUUUGUCUGUCCACUUCUUAAGAUACUUCCUAGCUAACCAGCAACCACUGAAUUUUUGCCAGUGUUUAAAUUUCUAAAGGGUUAUAAUUAAUGUUGAUUAGAUUAAGAUUUUGGCAAUAACUCAAUUUUCCACUCUGUGAAAUUGCAAACAACACUAGUUAGACUUCCUUGCACUCAAUACAAUCCAGGCAUUGAUGGCUUGUCCUCCAAACAGUGUGCACGAAUGAAUUAAGUACAACUAAUAGGUAGCUAAUUUUAUUCUAACUGGCUCUUUGUAUGGCCAGAUUUCCCCUUUUAGUAAUGUAUGUAAAUCCUGGACUCUUCAGAGAUAUCUUGGAAAUAUUCUCAUCACAGACCUCAAAAAAAUAAUUUGGCUUGGAAUUUAAAUGAAUGUUUUAAACCAAAGUGGCUCAAUUGUAUGUGGCCUAAUAAAUGCCAGUCUCAGCCAAAGCUUUACUAGUAGACAGAGGCAAGGGUAGAGAGAGAAGUUCACAAGGUUAGUAGCUCUAGCGUUUCACCUACUAUGUUUAGACCUGAUAACAAGGAUUUUCCACUUUUUUAUGCUUUUAUAUUUAUUUCCAAAGCAAGUAUUUUAUGGAAGUUUUUCUCAGAGACCUGAGGCAAAUAACAUGCACUCAUGAAAAAGUCCUAAAAGAACUAUCUUUUAGCAAAUACCUGUGACAUAUAGGACUUUCUUAUUUACUAUGGA